GGAGGAUGGGCGAGGUGGGCCAGGAGCUGUCAAAGGGCGAGCGUCGGCUUCCGGGCCGCACAGCUGCGCUCUCUCAGUUCGCAACAGAGGCGAGGCCCCGUGCUCCGAGCAUUUUGGUAGAAGCCCUCUGAAAUGCAGGGUCUGGCGCCCUAAGCAGUAGCGGUCACGCCAGCCGCAGCGACAGCAGUGGGGCUCCGACCCCCUUGUUUAUGUGCCCGCCUGCGACCCCGGGCUCGGAGGCAGGUCAACUAGGAAGAUCUAGGAUUCCAAAGAUGUUUCCCUUAAAGGAUGCUGAAAUUGGCGCCUUUACCUUCUUUGCUUCAGCUCUGCCCCAUGAUGUAUGUGGAAGCAAUGGACUUCCUCUCACACCAAAUUCCAUCAAAAUUUUAGGGCGCUUUCAGAUUCUUAAGACUAUCACCCAUCCCCGGCUGUGUCAAUAUGUGGAUAUAUCCCGAGGAAAACAUGAAAGACUGGUUGUGGUGGCCGAACACUGUGAACGGAGUCUGGAAGAUUUGCUUCGAGAAAGGAAACCCGUGAGCUGUUCAAAGGUUUUGUGCAUUGCAUUUGAAGUUCUUCAGGGCUUGCAGUACAUGAACAAACAUGGUAUUGUCCACCGAGCACUGUCUCCGCAUAAUAUCCUGUUGGACCAAAAGGGACAUAUUAAAUUGGCUAAAUUUGGACUUUAUCAUAUGACAGCUCAUGGGGACGAUGUUGAUUUUCCAAUCGGGUAUCCAUCAUACUUGGCACCAGAGGUGAUUGCACAAGGAAUUUCUAAAACAACUGAUCAUGUGCCAAGUGAAAAACCAUUGCCUUCUGGCCCCAAAUCAGAUGUGUGGUCUCUUGGAAUCAUUUUAUUUGAGCUUUGCGUGGGAAGAAAAGUAUUUCAGAGCUUUGAUAUUUCUGAAAGGCUAAAGUUUGUACUAUCUCUGGAUUGUGUAGAUGACACUGUAACAGUUCUGGCUGAAGAGCAUGGUUGUCUGGACAUUAUAAAGGAGCUUCCUGAAAAUGUGAUAGAUCUCUUAAAAAAGUGCCUUACCUUCCAUCCUUCCAAGAGGCCCACUCCGGCUGAAUUAAUGAAGGACGAAGUGUUCAGUGAAGUGUUGCCAUUAUACACCCCUUUUGUCAAACCUGCCGGGCUCUUUUCAUCUUCUCUGAGAUGUGCUGACUUAACUCUACCUGAGGACAUCAGUCAAUUGUGUAAAGAUAUAAACAGUGAUUAUCUGGCAGAAAGAUCUAUUGAAGAAGUUUAUUACCUUUGGUGUUUGGCUGGAGGUGAUUUGGAAAAAGAGCUUGUCAACAAGGAGAUCAUUCGAUCCAAGCCACCUAUCUGCACACUUCCCAACUUUCUCUUUGAAGAUGGUGAAAGCUUUGGACAAGGCCGAGAUAGAAGCUCACUUUUAGAUGAUACCACCGUGACAUUGUCAUUAUGCCAGCUAAGAAAUAGAUUGAAAGAUGUUGGUGGAGAGGCGUUCUAUCCGUUACUUGAAGAUGACCAGUCUAAUUUACCUCAUUCAAACAGCAAUAAUGAGUUGUCUGCAGCUGCCACUCUGCCUUUAAUUAUCCGAGAGAGGGACACGGAGUACCAGCUGAACAGAAUCAUUCUCUUUGACAGGCUGCUGAAGGCUUAUCCAUAUAAAAAAAAUCAAAUUUGGAAAGAAGCAAGAGUUGACAUUCCUCCUCUGUUGAGAGGGUUAACUUGGGCUGCUCUUCUAGGAGUUGAGGGAGCUAUACACGACAAAUAUGACGCAAUUGAUAAAGACACUCCAAUUCCUACAGAUAGACAGAUUGAAGUGGAUAUUCCUCGCUGUCAUCAGUAUGAUGAACUGUUAUCAUCACCAGAAGGUCAUGCAAAAUUUAGGCGUGUAUUAAAAGCCUGGGUAGUGUCACAUCCUGAUCUUGUAUACUGGCAAGGUCUUGAUUCACUUUGUGCUCCAUUCCUGUAUCUAAAUUUCAAUAAUGAAGCUUUGGCUUAUGCAUGUAUGUCUGCUUUUAUUCCCAAAUACCUGUACAACUUCUUCUUGAAAGACAACUCUCAUGUAAUCCAAGAAUAUCUGACUGUGUUCUCUCAGAUGAUUGCAUUCCACGACCCAGAGCUGAGUAAUCAUCUCAAUGAGAUUGGCUUUAUUCCUGAUCUCUAUGCCAUCCCUUGGUUUCUGACCAUGUUUACACAUGUGUUUCCACUGCACAAAAUUUUUCACCUGUGGGAUACCUUGCUACUUGGGAAUUCCUCUUUCCCAUUCUGUAUCGGAGUGGCCAUUCUUCAGCAGCUGCGGGACCGGCUUCUGGCCAAUGGCUUUAACGAAUGCAUUCUUCUCUUCUCGGACUUACCAGAAAUUGACAUUGAACGCUGUGUGCGAGAAUCAAUCAACUUAUUUUGCUGGACUCCUAAAAGUGCUACUUUUAGACAGCAUGCUCAGCCUCCAAAGCCCACUUGUGACAGCAGUGCAGUCAGAAGCUCAGCACCUUACUUCUCGGUUGACUGUCCAGAUCCUCCAAAGACGGAUUUGUCAAGAGAAUCCAUCCCGUUAAGUGAUCUAAAAUCAGAAGUGUCACCCAGGAUUUCAGCAGAGGACCUGAUCGACUUGUGCGAGCUCACGGUGACCGGUCACUUCAAAACACCUGCCAAGAAAACCAAGUCUGGAAAGCCAAAACUCCUGGUGGUUGACAUCCGGAACAGUGAAGAUUUCAUUCGGGGUCAUAUUUCAGGGAGCAUCAACAUUCCCUUCAGCUCUGCCUUCACAGCGGAAGGGGAGCUUACCCAGGGCCCGCACACAGCCGUGCUCCAGAACUUCAAAGGGAAGGUCAUCGUCAUCGUGGGCAGUGUGGCAAAGCACACGGCUGAGUUUGCAGCUCAUCUUGUGAAGAUGAAAUACCCACGGAUCUGUAUUCUGGAUGGUGGCAUUAAUAAGAUCAAGCCAACAGGCCUGCUCACCGUGCCAUCGCCUCAGAUAUGAAGAGCCUGGUGUACAACAUGCAAUGGCGUCCCAAGCAUGCCAGAGGACAGAGUGGCAGCAGCACGCAGCAGCACAGCCCUCCCUAGCCAUGCCAGCCAUGACAGACCAGACAUCCAGAUUGUUGUAUUUCCACAAAGCAUUGUCACAAAUCAUUUUUAUAUCUCAUGACUCAAAUAGUCAACUAUCCUGGCAAGAAACUUGACUGCACAUGUAGUGCCGAAAGAAUUUUCUUAACAGUGAAAUCAGAGCAUGCAUUUUUACCACACAGCCCCAUGAAGCCGGAGGAAUUCAGCUGACAUGACAGAUUUGCGUUAUCAAGAAAUCCCACUUGCACUGAAAAGGCUGCCCGGCAUCGCAGUGAGCAGCAGUCCCAGCCUCGCAUCGCUCAGAAAUACAGACUUGAUGUGGGUCGAAGGCCUCUUUCCAUGGAGAAAAUUAAGAAGUUAUUCACAGUGCAUUCCUAAUAAAUAAAUCUAACUGUUGUUACAGCGUGUCUGUGUGUGCAGAGGGAAUAGUUUGACCUACUGCAUGAAAAAGUGGUAGUUUAGUCCCAAAAAAGUGAAAUUCAGAAACCAUUCAUGUUAAGUGGGUUGUCUAUUGAGCUCCUAUAGCCAAGAAACCAACAAUAGGGGCUUAACCAAGUGCCCUGGCUUCAGUCAGGCUAACAGCCCAGGGCUAACAGGGUGGUUUCUGUCGUUACAUUCUCUAAUCACUUUACCAGCCAUACCACAGGGCUCCCAUCUCAAAUAUGAAAGUGGCUACUCAGCUCUCGUCAUCACAUCUACAUGUAAGAAGGGCUUCGGAGAGAAAGCGGGGACAGAAAUAGGAAAGAAAGAGAAAAGAAAAAGGGAGGCUUACCACUACCCUUCAAAAGCACAUACCCAGGAGUUGCAUGAAUUCCUUCUGCUUACAUAAUCAUGGGUGAGAACUUAGGAACUUUGCUGCAUCAUACACAUGGAAGGAAAUCAGAAUGUACUGUUUGGUCAGAUGCAACUGCCCCAGCUAAAAAAAUGCACUGCUGUGUAGGAAGACUAAAACUCCCCGAGGGACAGACUCAGCCUCUUCCAUAUGAUUUUAGAAUUUAACUACUAUACUUCAUUGACUCUAAGAUAUAUCAAAAUUAUAUAUGCCAUGAAGAUAAAAUAUAAUAAACUAAUAUGCCAUCAAUUAUAAAAUGUGUUCCCAUUUCAGAAACCUGGAAAAUAGGCAUCUUAUAUAUUAUUUGAGUAUCUUCGAUUUUGUUUAAACUAGAAAGUUGUCAUUAAUCUGUAAUGUAUAUUUGUAUUCAAUGUUAAGGCUAUUGAGGUAGGGAAAUUCAGUAGACACCUCAACCCAACCUGCUGGAUCAAAGAUUUGGUAUCAUUGUUACU